AGCAGAGAGCCUGUUUAUGCAGUCGCUUCCUGAUGAUGUCACUGGUGAGGAAGCCGUGAAUUGUGCCAGUGAGUCCCUCCUGUUCCCCUGUAGCAACUGGUCGGGGCAGUUACCAGACAAAAUGGGGCCAGAACGUGUUUUCCCAAACCAGAGCGAUGAGCUGGGAGAUGCCCAGGAUGCCACUGUGGAGUGGAGUGGGGGGGAGGAAGAGGAGGAGGAUGGGGAAGUACAGAGUGGGUAUCAGUACCAGCCCCUAAACCAGGAUCCAGAAGAAGGAACCCAGACAGAAGGAGACAUCCAGGAGCGCCUGCAGGCAAUGAGACUGCACCUUCCUGAGCCUCCAGCAGACAGUGAAGAUGAGGAGGAGAGGGAGGAAGCCGCAAGCUCCAUUCCUAUGGACCCAGCGCACGUGGAGCUGGUGAAGAAGGCGAUGGCCGGGGUGACGCUCCCCUCCCUGUCGGUGCCGCUGUGGGCGGAGCAGAUUUCCGACGCAGACUGGGAGCAUCUGGUUCAUCAGACGAUCCAAUCACGAGCAGCGGCCCCUCCGUCUGGCAAGAAAUAAUUGCCCCCCCGGCUGGGGCUCUUCUUAUUGGACAAUCGUUUUGGGCUGGGGCGGUUGUGUAUUGGUGCAGGGAAUAGGACCCCCCCAGCCCGGCAGCGCAUGGUACAGUCCAUAUGGGGUGUUUGUUCCUCUCACUAUGUGGGGGCUCCCCCCGACCAACCGCAACUGGGUCAGGGUUAACCCUCGCAGUACCGAGCCAAUAAAUGUUAUGUGCACAAAC